AUGACCGAGGGCCCAGCCUACUCCAAGAAGGUGGUGGUCGUGGGCGAUGGCGGUUGCGGAAAGACAUGUCUCCUGAUUAGUUAUAGUCAGGGAUACUUCCCAGAGAAAUAUGUCCCAACCGUCUUCGAGAACUACAUCACCUACCCAACGCACCCACCGACCGGUAAGACCGUCGAGCUCGCCCUAUGGGAUACCGCCGGCCAAGAGGAAUACGACCGCUUGCGACCGCUUUCAUACCCAGAAACCGACCUUAUUUUUGUCUGCUUCGCCAUUGACUGCCCCAACUCCCUCGAGAAUGUCAUGGACAAGUGGUACCCCGAAGUCCUCCACUUCUGUCCGUAUACACCCCUUAUCCUCGUCGGCCUCAAGUCCGACCUCCGCAACAAGAAGACGUGCAUCGACAUGCUCAAGACACAAGGUCUCACCCCCGUCACCACCGAACAAGGACUCGCCGUCGCCAAGAAGAUGGGCGCUCAGUACAUGGAGUGCUCAUCAAAGGAGAUGAAGGGUGUAGAGGAGAUUUUCGAGCAGGCCAUCCUCACAGUAGUCGCCAACGACAGGAAAACACUGGAACAGGAAGCCGCGAACGGCAUGCUGGGUGUUGGCGCGGGCUCGGGAAGCGGAAAGGGCAGCGGAAUCUCGUUCAGCAGUGGUGACAAGGCCGGUUCCGGGAUAGGGCCCGUCAAGGCGGCCGGUGUGGGUGGCACGAUUGUCCCGAAAACGAGGAAGAAGAAGAGAAAGUGUGGUAUGAUGUGAGGAAACCAAGGGAAGGAAAACAAGGGAUGAACAGCAGCUAUACAGGAUUCGACAUCCACACCCACUCUACCAAGACCGAGCCGAGCCGAGCUUGACAGCCCGCAUAGCGCAUACCG